AUGAUAGAUUUCAUAACCGUGAAUGAAAGAAUGAGGAGCGCAGUGGUGGAUCCAAGGGUUUACCGGGGGUCCAACGAAGGGACGGACCACUACCUGGUCUUAUGCCGAAUUAGGGGUUUAUUCAGACGUUGGCGGCAUAGGACAUCUGUGUCUACCACUGCGUUACAGCGUAUAAGAAUUGAGAGGUUACAAGAUGAGGAUGUGAAAGACAAGUGCAAAUGCAGACUGAGAGAAAAUAUAAGUAAUUUGGAUGAGUUGUGUGUGAAUGAGUUAGACUUGGAGAAUGUGUGGCAUAAUGUUAAGAAAGGUUUAGUGGAUGCAGCUACCGAAGUAUGUGGUGUUAGUAAGAGAACGAAUGAAAGGAAAGACAGUACGUUAUGGUGGGAUGAUGAGGUACGUAUGGAAUUUGAAGCAAAGAAGAGAGCAUAG